UCUGGCAAUGAUCACACACGCUGGACAGUGCAAGACAUUGGGAUGAUUGAGCUGGGCUCAGUGGCUGAGGGCAGCAGCCCUAUUGAGGAGCUGAUGGAGCUGACCGCGCAGAGCCUGUGUCAGCUGAAUAUCAAAGAGCACUUCAACGUGAUUAAGGAGAUCGGCCGGGGCAAGUACGGCCGGGUGCUGCUGGUCACUCAUCGCUGCCGAGGGACGCCCAUGGCUCUGAAAGUUCUGCCCAAAGCGUCCACCAAGCUGAAGGGCUUCCUGCGUGAAUACUGUAUCUCCCUGCACCUGUCCCACCAUCCAUGCAUUGUGGGCCUGUUUGGAAUUGCCUUUCAGUCAGACGAGCACUAUGGGUUCGCUCAGGAGCUGGUGGUCGGACGAGACCUGUUUGCGGUCAUCCAGCCUCGGGUGGGCAUCCCAGAGUGUGCAGUGAAGCGUUGCGCUGUCCAGGUGGCCAGUGCUCUGGAGUUCAUCCACCAGCUGGGCCUGGUUCACCGUGACAUUAAACCCGAGAAUGUGCUUCUGCUGGACAGCCACUGCUGGAGGGUCAAGCUGGCUGAUUUUGGCCUGACCCAGAAACAGGGCACCCUCAUCCGCUUCAUCAAGGGCACACUGCCCUACAUGCCCCCGGAGCUGUGUGCCAUGGUCCUGGAGGAUGGUCAGGAAGAGGUAAAGGCCCCCCCGCUUAGUGUACAGCCUAGCCUGGACACCUGGGCCUUCGGAGUGCUGCUUUUCUGCAUCCUCACAGGCUUCUUCCCCUGGGAUCGCUGCAUGGACACCGACGACUUCUAUCAGGAGUUUGCUGACUGGCGGCAGGACCCGGAGAAGACCCCAGUUCCCUCGCAGUGGAAGCGGUUCACACCAACAUGUAUGAAGAUGUUUGCGAGGCUGCUAGCACUGGAUGCUAAUGAAAGGUGCUUGCCAGAAGAGGUCAAGGGGUUUGUGGGUAAAGAGUGGGUAAGGUCACAGGGCCUGAAUGGACUGACAGAGGACAGUGAGAAAAUUAGCACCACGUCAGCUCUGAGCCCCUGUAAAAGCAGCCCAGCGCUGCAGUAGUGCUGUCAUGUGACAACUGGUGAGAGGUUUAAGAAUUCUGCUAACCCAAAAAGCUAACAUGGUUAAGACAGAUGGCCAGUGGGGCUUCCAGUUACCCUGUAAAUGAAGUACUAAAUCAUGCUGUCUAGUUUUCAUUUACUGCUAGCUGUAUUAGUAAAUUUGUGUUGAAGUGUCCUAAAAGCUAACAAGCUAACAGUGAGGUUUUCAAGCUGAGAACUGAAAGUUAAAUGGGGUGAUGAGGGAUCAAUAUUUCUCUUUAUAGAAUUAUUUCAAGCAAAAAUGCUAACAUUGUCAAUAAGGCUGACAAACAGGGUUCUUUUUAAGGAAGACAGAUCGGCCAGUUAGCAUGUAAAUGACAGCCCUUUGGUUUUCAUUGACUGCUAAGUACAUUAGCAUAUUGUACUCUAUGAAAAUUUUAUUAAGAUGCUAACAAGCUAAUCUCUAAGGAAACUAAGGACUAAGAUGGGACAAAGUAGGGAUGAGAGGUUCAAGAAUUUUUUUUUAUAGAAAAAUUUCUCAUAUAAAUGCUUGCAUUAAGCAUUGAGGUUUAGUUAGACUGCAAAUUUGAAUUAAUGUUAAAUGGAUGUAAUGAAUUUAAAAAAAAAUUAAUUGAUUAAUUAGUUACAUUUUUUAGUUAAAACAUCUUUUUUUGUUGAAAUUUACAGUGUAAAUGUAACUUAUCCCAGAGUUUUCAUUCACUGCUAGCUACAUUAGCAUCUUUGAGGUGAAGUAUUCCAUUAAGAAGCUACCAAACUAACAAAGACCGGUGGGGAAAGUGUAUGUCUAGACUGGUGGGAGGUAAUAUGUAUGUCUAGGUUUAUAAUCCACUGGGCGGGAAGAGACUCUGGGAGUCUGUUUGCAGUGUGCUCAUAUCACUCUGUACAAUUUCAUCACUGUUGUACGUUCAUAUAUGCUCCUAUAUAUGUACAUAUAUUAACAGUAUUUUGCCUUUAGGACAUGAAUUGAAGGAACGGUUUGUAAAUUAGAUUUAGAUCAUCAUUGUAUAGGUAUGCUUGGUUUUCGCUGUUGGACUCAUAGAGUGUUGUAGCACCAGAAUGGCCUAC